AUGCUCCACGAGGUCCUCCUCUCCUUAUCCGGCCAACCGUCGCCACUAUCCAACCUCUCCACCGAAGGAAACCUCGUCGCUGAAGAUGCUUUUUCCCUCUUGUCUCCUCCGGAGAAAGCCCUCCUCGCCCCCCUUGCCCAUCUAAGCCGACUCCAUGCCAGUCUGCGCACCCACACAGCUCGAAUCUCGUCCUCCCAUGACUCCGUGAUUUGUCGAGCCGUAUCGACGGCAAUUAGCACGCAACACCUUGGCGAGUUCCAGAAGAAGAUUCUUGAGGUCGAAAGAGCAAUCUUGGUGGAGGAUAGCGGAUAUGUUGGCGGGUAUGGCAUUGUGCCAUUAUCAACUAUCGUCGGGGAGUUUUCGCCCUGGACGCGACGACUGGAAUGGCUGUGGGAGGUGGCGAGAUUUAUCUUUCCCGAAGGAAGACACGAUAGCUGUACUGGUGCAUCAUUGAUCGACUUCCUUCGGGCAGAAGCGCAGACUGGAUACGCGGAUAUUGAAGAAAUGGCAUUGCACCUGGUCGAUGCGGCCGAGACUGCUUGGAUGAGGCAAUUGUCGACAUGGCUAUUGUAUGGGAAUUUCCCAGUAUUGGGAAAAAGCGAUUUCUUUAUACAAGACGAGAGUGCAAAUUCUGGCAAUCACUCCGCAACUACGUCCAAUUUUAUUCUACAUACAAAGCUGCUACCAAAGUUUGUUUCGCCACAGACGGCGUCGUCCAUUUUGUUCAUUGGGAAAACCUUGAAUCUCAUUAGAGCAAAGCGAAGUACUUCGACAGCGGGCUUUUCAAGUGGACUCUCAACGGCACCAGUCACUCUUCAUGGUGAUCAUAUCGAGUAUCUUGCCGCCCUCAAAUCCCCCAUAUCAACUUCAAAGCUCUCCAUGGCGAUCAAUUCAAUUCGCUUAUCGUUGGCGCAGAGCACCUUUUCGAAGCUCCUCCCUCUCCCAAAGAUUCUCGAAGUUAUAUCUGUCCUCCAUGACUUUUUGCUGCUACGGCGUGGUGAAUUUGCGACUGCGUUGGUAUCGCAUGCUGAUCGCCGGUUGCACGAGAGACGUCGCAAACCGGAGGUCCUAGGCUCCAGAGACAACUCUGCCGGUGUUCUCCGAGGCCUCGCUGUUAAAGAGGGCGACGUGACGGCCGCAUUGGCAGAGACCUGGGUUGAACUUUACUCAUUACAGAAUGAGGAGGACAGUCAGGAUGAUGAGCUUGAUCUUGCUAGGGACCUUCUGCGACUGUCAGUUAAUGGUUCGAAGGACAGCCAACAGUCAGUUGAAGAUAGGGUCGACCUUGAGCAGGUUACCGACAUUUCUAAAAUUGUUUUCGAGGAUCUUCUUUUCCCAACACCAACAUCACUUUCAGUACAAGUACGCCCACCCCUUGAUUUAUUCCUCUCCUCUUCCGACAUCUUCACUUACUCCAAGAUCCAUUCUUACCUGUUGGGUAUCCGGCGUGCCCAAAUACAUCUCGGCGACUUAUGGAAGCGUACAUCUUUGCGCAAAUGCUAUCCAUCCCCAUGGGGCCCGCCCCGGAGCAGCACCCCUUUUGGACAAAAUAAGCUUAAAAUGAGGCGACAACGAGACAACGCACGACUUCAUCAGAUGAGGCCAAUCUGGGCAACGAGUAGUGCCUCGCUUUUUGUGGUGUCUGAGAUCGGUAGCUUUUUCCAGGGUGAAGUUAUCAACGGCUCCUGGCAACACUUUCGAGACUGGAUCGAGGGGCGACCGACUUCCGGAGGCUCGUCAGUUGAUUCCCGACCGCAGACUGCAGCAUCAUCGAAGACGCAGGAAUCCGGCUUCGAAGGGAUCGGUCAAAUUGCGAAUCAGCGACAUGAUCCCGAAACAUUAACCAUUGCACACCGUGCAUAUCUAUUCUCUAUCGUUCAAUCUCUAUUCUUGACGGAUGUCCCCUUCACCAAGGCACUACGGUCCUUGCUUACAUGUGUCGAUCAUUUCAUCGCCCUAGUGGUACGCCUGGAAGGCAUUCAACGGAACAUGGAUCUUGAGACGGAUGAAGGCGUCGUGGAUGCUCUGGUAGACUAUGCCGGAGAGGAAAAGGAAGUUUGGCAGUUGUUGAGUGCUGCGCAUCGUCAGGUGGAGGCGGGUAUUAAGAACGUCGUGGCCCGGCUAAGGGAUAUCGACGACAAUCGAUCAGGAGAGGGACGAAAGAUGUUCGAUGCAGCUAAACCACAACCUGGGCUCUGGUCAGGCCCCCCGCAGAGCGACACCAACGCAGAAUCGGCCAUCGAGCAUUAUGUGCCUCGGAAGGCUGCUGGUGUUGACCGACUGCUGAUGAAACUGGACUUUGGGAAUGCCAAUGGAAGCCUCGGACCUACAGCCGCUGUGGCAGCUGGGUUCGUUUAA